ACCAAACCACGUCGACAGAUGUAUCGUCCUCGCGUUCCGUCUCCCAAAAAAAGACGCCAUUUCCUUCUCCAUUUUCCUAUUUUAGUUCCAAUCCACCACCGCUCCUUCCAGCCGUCGCCUUCGAUGUGCACCUCACGUUCCUUCCCUUCGCAGAAUUUGGCAACACUUAAAAUCCCCCCGUCUCUUUCUCCCUGUCUUCCUCGAUCCGAAGCUAAUCCGUCUUCCAAGCAGUUAUCCAGUUCGAUUCCGGCGAUAAAGCUCCAAACUUUAGGUUUCCAGCUUGAGGGGUGGGAUUGCAAUCUUCCACCCUCCUUGGCGACGACAAAGAUUGAAUCUUUGCCGGCCUUGAUCGAGUUUCGAGAUCAAAGUUCCCAUGUUACAUGUUUUGAGCCGGAAAGUUGCGAGAUUUAGGGUUCGGUAUUGGUUCCUGGAGAUUGAUUUGGGGGUUUAUUAGCAAUCCGGCAAAAUUUCGUCCCAGAGUCAAACGACGAGUUCCGCCCCCCUUCUCGUCUCCCCGAGCCAUCGGGAAGAUGGCCGGGCGCAGCCUCGCACGCUGUGGACCAAGGUCCGGGCUCUGAGCCUGCUGAUGGUGCGGUUGAUCAAGCGAGGGCAUAGGCAUGAGGAGGGCGACGAGGCGUACGACUCUACAUUGAAGAGUCAAAUACCGCAGGACGUGAAUUCGAACAGCCCAGCCCACGAUGAAGACGCGUUCUUCAACGGCCAGUGGGACGCCGGCCCUGGUCCUUCUAGCCGGGCAGUGCAGAUCGAUCGAUCCAUGGUCGUCGGACCGAGGUCACAUCAGAAUGAUGGUGGCGGCGCCGCUGGUCCACCGCCCUCUGACAUGGAACUGAUGAAAGAUAGAUUUGCUAAGCUACUGCUUGGUGAAGAUAUGUCAGGUGGUGGAAAAGGAGUUUCAUCAGCUCUUGCUCUGUCCAAUGCCAUCACCAACCUUGCUGCAUCUGUUUUUGCCGAGCAAUCGCGAUUAGAGCCAAUGUCUGCUGAACGAAAAGCGCGGUGGAGGAGGGAAAUGAACUGGCUUUUGUCAGUUGCUGAUUACAUUGUAGAAUUUGUUCCUUCAAGGCAGACAUCAAAGGAUGGAGUAACCAUGGAGAUAAUGAUAACUCAACAACGCAAAGAUCUUCAAUUGAACAUCCCUACACUAUGCAAGCUCGAUACGAUGCUCAUCGGCACCCUCGAUGACUUUGAGGACCAGAAAAUGUUCUGGUAUGUUUCGAGAGACGCUGCCGAAUCGGAGAAGGGAAAUGCACAAAGAAAGGAUGACAAAUGGUGGCUUCCUACUGUGAGAGUCCCUCCGCAUGGACUCUCAGAGGACUCCAGCAGAUGGUUGCAGUUCCAGAAAGAUUCAGCUACACAAGUGCUCAAGGUAGCCAUGGCAAUCAAUGCUCAGGUUCUCAUGGAAAUGGAGGUCCCCGACGCCUACAUCGAAUCUCUUCCAAAGAAUGGGAGGUCGAGCUUAGGAGAUGCGAUCUACAAAAGCAUCACCACAGACGAUGUGUUCGACCCCGAAGAAUUCUUGGAAACCCUGGACCUGUCAACCGAGCACAAGAUCGUUGAUCUCAAGGACCGAAUCGAGGCCUCCGUUGUGAUCUGGAGGAAGAAAAUGCAUGACAAGGAAGCCAAGUCCUCCUGGAGUUCCACCAUCAGUUUGGAGAAGAGAGAGCAGUUUGAAGAGCGAGCCGAGACAAUCUUGAUCCUUAUCAAGCAAAGAUUUCCUGGGAUCCCUCAAUCGGCUCUGGACAUAAGCAAGAUCCAAUACAACAAUGAUGUUGGAUUGGCGAUCCUCGAGAGCUACUCGAGGGUCUUGGAAAGCUUAGCUCACUUGGUUAUUUCACGAAUUGAUGAUGUUUUUUACGCGGAUUCUCUCGCUAAAGGUCCAACGACCAAGAGUUCAAACGCGAGGCAAUCCUUCUCCAAUGUAGCACCGGCGAAUAAGCCGGAUAACAGAGAAGAAUUGGUGACUCUAUCGGAUUUCAUGAGCUGGCCGAGCGAGUCGGAACCUGCCGAGGACAUGAGGAGCACAGGGGACGUGGUGAAGAAGCCUCCAGAGGUUAAGACCAAGAAGUUCUUAUACAUAGAUAAGGUGAGGCACCUAGGAGGCUUGAGAAGUCCUACUGCUCGUCACUAGUUGUCUGAUUACUUUGAUAGGAAAAUGAAAGAGAGAAGACAAAGUCACAAGAAAAAAAUUGUAUAUAAAAUGGAGGUUUAUGUGAUUUGUUUUCAAGGUUUUCUUUUGUUGUUUCAUGUAAGUAAACUGAUUCACAAAAUCAAAAUGACAUUUUUUUAUUAUUAUUAUAAUUGUUAAAAAAAAUGGAAUUAUUUGUUUCUA